AUGGGAGACAUCACUCAAAAAGGAUAUGAGAAGAAAAGGGCAAAGCUGUUAGCACGGUACAUACCACUCAUUCAAGGUGUGGAUCCAUCCCUGCAAGCAGAGAACCGAGUCCCAGGCUCUUCGCAAGCUACAGCUGCUGUGUCCAAACAGCAGAAGUCCCGUUCUACCAACUCAAGGGAUGAGCGCUUUCGAUCUGACGUCCACACUGAAGCAGUACAAGCAGCACUGGCCAAAUACAAAGAGAGGAAAAUGCCCAUGCCUUCAAAAAGACGAUCUGUUCUCGUGCACUCUUCAGUAGAAACGUACACGCCUCCAGACACAUCGUCAGCAUCAGAAGAUGAGGGCUCCUUACGUCGGCAAGGGCGGAUCACCUCCACUCCGUUCCAGAGCCAUUCCAACGUAGAGCCCUGGCUUAACCGGGUCAUUCAGGGCUCCUCCACCUCAUCCUCUGCAUCCUCCACCUCAUCUCAUCCAGGAGGGAAACCUGCUGCUGCUUCCAAUACUGCUACUGCCAGCGCUGCUGCCACUGUGAUUGCAGAUCUUAUGGCACACACCCAGCUAGAAAACCACUCUACACCUCCUGAUGUGACUACGGGCCUAGUGGAACACUUGCAUCAUGAGCGCCCCCAGGUAGCAUCAGUACGAGGAGUCCCCAGAGGCUACAGCAGCAGCAUUUUGGAAACUGCAGAUGGUGUCCCAGUGAAUAGCAGAGUGUCCUCUAAAAUCCAGCAGCUUCUAAAUACCUUGAAAAGACCAAAACGCCCACCCUUGAAAGAGUUUUUUGUUGAUGAUUUUGAAGAACUGCUAGAAGUACAACAGCCUGAUCCGAAUCAACCAAAGCCAGAGGGAAAUCAAAUGAAUGUCCUUAAAGGUGAACCCUUAGGUGUGGUAACCAACUGGCCCCCUUCUCUGCUGGCUGCCCUACAGCGCUGGGGAACUACCCAACCAAAAGCGCCGUGUCUGACUGCACUGGAUACCACAGGCAAAGCUGUUUAUACGCUCACCUAUGGCAAGUUGUGGAGUCGGAGCUUGAAGUUAGCGUAUACCCUGUUAAACAAACUGACUGCUAAGAAUGAACCACUGCUCAAGCCUGGAGACCGGGUGGCUCUUGUAUUUCCUAAUAGUGACCCAGUGAUGUUCAUGGUGGCAUUUUAUGGAUGUCUCCUGGCAGAACUUAUUCCUGUCCCAAUAGAAGUUCCUCUAACAAGAAAGGAUGCUGGCAGCCAACAGAUUGGAUUUCUUUUGGGCAGCUGUGGAGUAACAUUAGCUUUAACCACCGAUGCUUGUCAAAAAGGCCUUCCUAAAGCUCAGACUGGAGAGGUAGUUACAUUCAAAGGUUGGCCACGUCUGGUUUGGUUUGUAAUUGAUGGGAAGCAUCUGGCUAAGCCGACUAAGGACUGGCAUCCGCAAGUACGGGAUGCCAGUGCUGAGAUUGCUUAUAUAGAAUACAAGACAAGUAAAGAGGGCAGCACAGUGGGCAUUACUGUAUCUCAUGCCUCCAUGCUGGCACACUGUCAUGCAUUGACUCAGGCCUGUGGCUAUUCAGAAGCUGAAACACUAACAAAUGUCCUCGAUUUCAAAAGAGAUGCUGGCCUUUGGCAUGGAGUGCUAACAAGCGUUAUGAACAGAAUGCAUGUCAUCAGUAUUCCCUAUGCAUUAAUGAAGGUUAAUCCACUUUCAUGGAUACAGAAAGUCUGCUCAUACAAAGCCCGUGUAGCAGUAGUAAAAUCCCGAGAUAUGCAUUGGUCACUUUUAGCUCAGAGGGAUCAAAGAGAUGUCAGUCUGAGCUCUUUACGAAUGUUAAUAGUAGCAGAUGGAGCCAAUCCAUGGUCUAUAUCUUCAUGUGAUGCAUUCCUCAAUGUAUUUCAGUCUAGAGGUUUGAGACCAGAAGUAAUCUGUCCCUGUGCUAGUUCUUCAGAGGCUCUAACUGUCGCUAUUCGAAGACCUCCAGAAUUGGGUGGGCCCCCUCCGGGAAAAGCAGUGUUGUCUAUGAAUUGUUUGAGUUUCAGUGUGAUAAGAGUGGAUACAGAAGAGAAGUUGUCAGUCCUAACUGUACAGGAUGUUGGUCAAAUUAUGCCUGGAGCAAAUGUUUGUGUUGUGAAGGUGGAUGGAACUCCUUAUCUGUGCAAAGCUGAUGAGGUUGGAGAAAUCUGUGUGAAUUCAGGUGCGACCGGCAUGGCGUAUUUUGGCCUCCUUGGAAUCACCAAGAAUGUUUUUGAGGCCAUUCCAGUGACAGCAGCCGGUGUGCCUGUUUCAGAUCAACCUUUUACAAGAACAGGAUUGCUAGGCUUUGUUGGUCCGGACUACUUGGUAUUUGUGGUGGGAAAAUUGGACGGCCUGAUGACUGUGAGCGGCCGCAGGCACAAUGCAGAUGAUGUGGUGGCCACUGCAUUGGCAGUAGAGCCAAUGAAGUUUGUCUACCGAGGAAGGAUAGCAGUGUUUUCUGUGACCGUUUUGCAUGAUGAUCGAAUAGUGCUUGUGGCAGAGCAGCGCCCUGAUGCGUCAGAGGAGGAUAGUUUUCAGUGGAUGAGCAGGGUGCUACAGGCAAUUGAUAGCAUUCACCAAGUGGGCGUCUACUGUCUUGCCUUGGUGCCAGCCAACACUUUGCCAAAGGCUCCACUUGGAGGAAUUCAUAUUUCAGAAACCAAGCAGCGUUUUUUAGAGGGUGCCCUGCACCCUUGCAAUGUCUUAAUGUGUCCACAUACUUGUGUCACUAACCUGCCCAAGCCUCGACAGAAACAGCCAGAUGUUGGUCCUGCUUCAAUGAUAGUAGGGAACCUUGUUGCAGGGAAGAGAAUUGCACAGGCGUCUGGGAGAGAUGUUACCCAGUUGGAAGACAAUGACCAAGCAAGAAAGUUCCUGUAUUUAGCAGAUGUUCUUCAGUGGCGAGCCCAGACAACUCCAGAUCAUCCUCUCUUCCUGUUGUUAAAUUCCAAGGGCACUGUAGCUAGCACUGCGUCUUGCAUACAGCUGCACAAGAGAGCAGAGAGAGUGGCAGUUGCGCUCAUGGAGAAGGGACGACUGAAUGUUGGUGACCACGUAGCCCUGGUUUAUCCUCCAGGAGUAGACCUAAUAGCAACUUUCUAUGGUUGCUUAUAUGCUGGAUGUAUUCCUAUCACCGUUCGCCCCCCUCAUCCACAGAAUCUUGCUACCACUCUGCCCACUGUCAAAAUGAUUGUAGAGGUCAGUAAAUCUGCAUGUAUACUUACCACACAAGCGAUAAUGAAACUGCUGAAGUCUAAGGAAGCUGCAACAGCUGUAGAUAUUAAAACAUGGCCCACUAUUUUGGAUACAGAUGAUAUGCCCAAAAAGAAGCUGGCUAAUAUUUUUAGACCUCCAUCUCCAGAUAUGUUGGCAUACUUGGACUUCAGUGUGUCUACUACUGGUAUAUUAGCAGGAGUAAAGAUGUCACAUGCAGCUACCAGUGCCUUGUGUCGCUCGAUAAAACUCCAGUGUGAGCUGUACCCUUCACGUCAAAUUGCCAUCUGCCUUGACCCUUACUGUGGCUUGGGGUUUGCACUGUGGUGCCUGUGCAGCGUAUAUUCAGGUCAUCAGUCUAUUCUAGUCCCUCCUCUUGAACUGGAGAGCAACGUGUCCCUGUGGCUGUCUGCUGUAAGCCAGUAUAAAGUGCGUGUCACCUUCUGCUCUUAUUCAGUGAUGGAGAUGUGCACCAAAGGGCUUGGGACACAGACUGAUAUGCUGCGGAUGAAAGGAGUUAACCUGUCCUGCGUGCGAACAUGCAUGGUGGUUGCAGAGGAGAGACCAAGGAUUACAUUAACACAGUCUUUCUCAAAGUUAUUCAAAGACUUGGGCCUCUCUGCUCGUGCAGUGAGCACGACAUUCGGGUGCCGGGUCAAUGUAGCAAUUUGCUUACAGGGAACAGCAGGACCAGAUCCAACAACAGUCUAUGUGGAUAUGAGAGCACUUCGUCAUGACAGGUACAGAUUAU